CCUGGCCUGAGCUCAGAGAAAGAGGGAGAUCCAGGUACAGAGGUCGCACGGAAACACCUUCCACUCCUUCCUCCCCGGUCAUACGCUUACGUGAACGAGAAGGGAAAGGUGUGAAGGGAAUGGGGUGGAGGAGCCUGACCUGUGUUAAUGCCUCGUGACUCAUGAGGGUCAUUUCUCAGACCAUCCCAACGCUCCUCUGCCUCUCUCUGUGUCUUCUUAUCCCUGGUAUUCCGGGUCUUAAGAGACCCGAACCUGAACCUAUCAUCGAGGAUGUGACUGCUAAGGAACUCGAACAGCUCCUCCAGCACAAGGACUAUGUCGCCGUCUUCUGGUAUACGAAGCGAUGCCCCACAUGCGACAAGACGCUCAUUGAACUGGAAAAAAUCGACGAUGACACGGACAAGUUCGGCGUGGAUUUCGUCAAGAUCGGGGACAAGAAAUACGCAAAGCAGAAGGGGGUCACCACCUUCCCGACCCUUCAGUACUAUCGCAAUCAGGAACCCAUCUCUUACGAAGGGGACCUCAUGGACGAGGAGAAGGUGUUGCAAUUCCUCACGAGCCUGGAUGCGAUGGAAUUACCUGAUCAAAUCGAAGAAGUCAAUGCACCGAUCUUGAUGAAGAUCGUCCAGGAACAGCCUUUCGUUUCCGUCCUUUUCUAUGCGAAAGCAUGUCGUCAAUGCGAGAAGGCGCUGAAGGAGCUGGAGAACAUCGACGACGAGGCGGAUCAAUUGGGGAUCGCGUUCGUGAAGAUCAACGACGAAUCUCUGGCAGAGGAAUACAAUCUGGGGAAACUGCCAACGUUGGUCUACUACCGGCAUGGGAUCCCCAUCAUCUACGAUGGGGAUCUAAUGGAAGAGGAAGCCGUGCUGGAGUGGUUGGUGACCCACAAAUCGACUGGGGAAGAGGAUGACGUCAUCGAGGAAGUCACAGCCAAGACCCUUGACACCCUCAUACAUUCUGUCACCAACCUCGCCGUCCUUUUCUAUGACGGGAACGACAAGAAGAGCCAGGAAGUGCUGGAGGAACUCGAGAACAUCGACGACGAUUGCGAUGCCAAGGGGAUCCAAUUCGUUAAGAUCGAGGAUCCAAGAGCGGCCCAGGACUUUGGGAUCGAUUGGCGACCUCGUCUAGUCUACUUCGAGAAUUCCAUCCCCUCCCUUUAUGACGGAGACCUGAUGAAAGAAGAGGAAGUCUUGGAUUGGCUCCUGAGUCAACUGGUGUCGGAUGAGAUCGAAGACAUCACCGACGAGAUGCUGGAUCGCCUCAUCGCCCGCACCAAGCACCUUGCCGUUCUAUUCUAUUCUCCCAAGGACAAGGCGUCGCAGAGGGCUCUCAAGGACCUGGAGACGAUCGACGACGAAUGCGACGAGCACGGUAUCGCCUUUGUCAAGAUUCACGAUCAAAAGGAAGCCGAGGAAUAUGGGAUCGACGUCAUUCCGUCCCUGGUCUACUUUGAGAAUGGAAUCCCCUCCCUCUACGACGGGGAUUUGACGGAGGAAGAGAAGGUCCUGGCCUGGUUAAUCCGUCAGGUGGAAGAGGAUGAGAUCGAAGAUGUGACUGACGAGAUGCUCGACCUACUCAUCGCUCGUUCGAAGUUCCUCGCCGUCCUCUUUUAUGAGAAGGGGUCGAAGAAGAGCGAGAAGAUAUUGAAUGAGCUGGAGAACAUAGACGACGAGUGCGACGAGCACGGGAUCGUUUUCGUUAAGAUCUCGAAUGAGGACGAGGCGAAGGAGUACGGGAUCGAACGGCUCCCAUGCCUCGUCUACUUCGAGAACGAGAUCCCCAGCGUCUACGACGGGGAUCUCAUGAAGGAGGAGCAGGUUCUAGAGUGGCUUAUCCACCAGGUGCAAUCGGACGAGAUCGAGGAAGUCACCGACGAGAUGCUUGAUAAACUGAUCCAGGAACAACCGUUCCUGGCCGUCCUCUUCUACGAGAAAGAUGAUUCAGAGGACCAAGGAAUCCUGGGGGAGCUGGAGAACAUCGACGACGAAUGCGACGAGAACGGGAUCGCAUUCGUGAAAAUCGACGACCGAGACGAGGCCAAGGAAUAUGGGAUCGAUCACCUCCCGACUCUCAUCUACUUUGAGAACGGAAUCCCCAGCAUCUACGAAGGGGAUCUGUCGAACGAGGAAGAGGUCCUGAAAUGGCUCCUGCUACAGAAGGCAGAAGAUACGAUCGAGGAAGUCACCGACGAAAUGCUCGAGAACCUCAUCAAGGACUUCAACUACAUCGUCGUCUACUUCACGGGUGAGGAAUGCGACGAGGGAGAGGAAUGUCACAGGAUCCUGGAGGAAUUGGAGAAUAUCGACGACGAGACGGACGAUUUGGGUAUUCAAUUCGUCACGACUGAUGACCUGGACGUAGCUAAGAAGUACGGCGUUAGCAAGUUCCCAGCAAUCGUCCUCUUUCGCAACGGAGAACCUCUCCUCUACGAUGGUCCCCUGGACGACGAGGACCAGGUGCUUGCAUGGGCCACGGAUCCCGAGAACCUGGAAGUGGAAGAUCGGAUCGAGAAGGUGAAUGCCAAGAUGCUUAAGAGGCUCCUCGACUCUGAGGACAAUAUCGCCGUCUACUUCUAUAAAGAGGGGGACCGAAAGAGCGAGAGAACGCUGGGAGAGUUGGAGAACAUCGACGACGAGUGUGAUGCGGCGGGGAUCGACUUCAUCAAGAUCAGCGAUGCUAAUGCAGCCCGAGACUACGACAUCUUCUCCUUCCCCACCCUUGUCUACUUUCGACGCAAGUUCCCCCAGAUCUACGAAGGGGAUCUGAUGGACGAAGAGACAGUGCUAGAAUGGCUACUUAACAACAAGGAUGCGACACCUCAAAACGACAUCAUUGACCUCGUGGAUCGAGGCAUGCUCAAGAUGCUCCUCCAAGACUACGCUUAUGUCGCCGUCUUCUUCUGUAAUGACCAGGGGUGCAAGAACUGCGAGAGGAUCCUGGAGGACCUGGAAACGAUCGACGACGACACGGACAGGCAUGGGAUUCAUCUGGUCAAGCUGCAAGACGUUGAAUAUGCCAAAGAAUUGGGGAUCACCGAAUUCCCCUCCCUCGUCUAUUUCGAGAACCAAAUCCCUUCUCUAUACGAAGGGGAUCUAUCGGAUGAGGAUUCGGUCUUGGAAUGGCUCAUCUAUCAAAAGGUGGAAGACACGAUAGAGAACAUCAAUCGGGAUAUGCUUCAGGUCAUGGUACAGAACACAGAGUACCUCGCCGUCUUUUUCUAUAAGGAGGAUGAUGCAGAUUGUACGAGAGCAUUGAAGCACCUGGAGACGAUAGAUGAUGAUGCAUCCGAAUAUGGGAUCGAGAUCGUGAAGAUGCAAGAUUCCCUCGUGGCCAAGAAAUACGGGUGGAGGAAUCCCCCCGGACUUACUUAUUUUAGGAAGGGAAAAGCCCUGAAAUACGACGGGGAUAUCUACGACGAGGAGGAAGUCCUGGACUGGCUCACAGAUCCCGAAAACAUGGAACUCACCGACCACAUCGAGAAGGUCAACCGGAAGAUGUUUGAAAAGAUCCGACAGAGAUCCGACCACGUAGCAGUCUAUUUCUACAGUGACAGCAAGUGUAAGCAGUGCGAGAAGGUGCUACAAGGACUGGAAAACAUCGACGACGAAGCGGCGAAUGCGGGGAUCGAUUUCGUCAAGAUCGACGACAUGAAGAUGGCCAAGGACUAUGGGAUCCACGCCUUACCGGCUCUCAUGUACUUCCGGACCGGUGCCGAGGCUCCCAUCAUCUAUGCCGGUGAUUUGAAGAACGAAGAGAGAGUCCUGGACUGGCUCAUCAUCCAAAAGGAUCCCAGCGGGGACGUGAUCGAGGAAAUGCACGGAACAGCUCUCAAGGAUCUCAUCAUUCGUGCUGACUUCCUCGCCGUAUACUUCUAUACGAAGGUGGAUUGCGAGGAAUGCGAGACAGUGUUGGAGGAACUUGAGAACAUCGACGAUGAUACAGAUCGUCAUGGGAUCGGAUUCGUGAAGACCCAAGACCAGGACAUUGCAGAGGCUUACGGUAUCCACGAAUUCCCUUCGCUCGUAUACUUUGAGAAGGGGAGUCCAUCCAUUUAUGAGGGGAAUCUGGCGGAGGAAGAAGAUGUCCUACAGUGGUUGGUGCUGCAAAGGACGGAGGAUCGGAUCGAAGCUGUGAAUCGGGAUCUCCUUGAGUACAUGAUCGAAGAUCAUCAGUACCUGGCCGUCUUCUUCUACAAGAGCAACUGCCGAGCGUGUGACAAUGUUUUGACCGAGCUGGAGAAUAUCGACGAUGAAUGUGACCUCUACGGCAUCCAGAUGGUGAAAAUUAACGAUCCUCAAUUGGCAAAACGAUAUGGGAUCAAGACCUUCCCUGCCCUUGUCUACUUCCGCAAUGGCAAUCCUCUCAUCUUUGAUGCCUCGGUGAUGGAGGCAUCGGCGAAUCAAGUUCUGGACUGGCUCGUCGAUGACGAGAAUCGAGAAUUGGAGGAUCGCAUCGAGCUCGUCAAUGCUCAAAUGUUGGAUCUCCUGGUGGAGACUUCUCCACUCCUUGCCGUUCUCUUCUUCCCCAAAAGAGACCUGAAGAACGAAGAAGGCGUGUUGGAAUGGCUCAUCGACGAUGAGAAUCGUGAAUUGGCGGACGAGAUCGAGGCUGUCAAUGCUCGCAUGCUCGAGAAACUCUUGGACGAUUCUCCUUUCCUCGCUGUUUUUUUUUACGAGUCGGAGUGUACGGAAUGCACGGGAAUUCUGGAGGAACUGGAGAACAUCGAUGACGAGGCGGAUAUGUAUGGCAUCGACUUCGUCAAGAUCAACGACGAAGAAGCGGCCAAUAAAUACAACAUCCUUAACUUGCCGGCUCUCGUCUAUUUCCGCAAGAGAACUCCCUUACUCUACGAAGGGGAUUUGCGAGACGAGGAGAAGGUCCUCGCCUGGCUCACUUCACAAGACGUCUUUGAAAUCAAAGACGAGAUCGAAGAGGUCAACAGGAAGAUGCUUGAGAAACUCCUCGACGAGAAUGAUUUCGUUGCCGUCUACUUCUAUGAGAACAACUGUCAGAAGUGCGAAGAAGUGCUGGAGAAAUUGGAGGAGAUCGACGACGAGGCAGAUCAUCUGGAUAUCACGUUCGUCAAGAUCAAGGAUGCCCGAUACGCCAAGAAAUACGGUAUCUCCAAACUUCCAGCCCUUGUCUACUUUCGAAAGAGGUUCCCCUCCAUCUAUCGAGGCGACCUGAUCGCAGAGGAUGAAGUCCUAGAAUGGCUGACCAGGAACCGAUUCAAGCAUCCCGAACUCAACCUCUUCAUGUACGGAUUAGCAGCCAUCUCCUCCGCCUUCAUCAUGUACACCCUCUUCCUCAUGUUCUGCUUCAAGGGAACUCAUCAAAAAGCGGCCUAGAGCUUACCUGGAGGACCAGGCAACAAUGUGAUAAUCAGCAGGCCUCACUGAGCUCAUAAACAUACAAAUUAAACUGUAAAAUGAUACUGAUCUGUCCAUAUCCCGUCCUCAACCUCUUCCUUCCUUCUCCCUCUUUCAAGGCCUGUCCUAUGCAAAGGUGCUCAAAUUUUCAUAAUCCUAGAGAGAGAGAAAGAGAUGAAUCCAAUCGAUUGCCAUAUGAAUGAAAGAUCCCCUGUUUCUUUUCGCUUCGUCGUUCUGUUCCGUCUUAUUCGGUGUACUUCUCAGGGUCAUGCCCACGCGCCACGCACACACUCUGUGCCUCCCUUUCAUGGCCUCCUGAUUUAUUUGUUUUUGUACAUAAUAUGAUUACGAUUGUAUUCCACGGAACUGAAUGAGUAACAAGGACAAAAUGUUUCAGAUGGGGCCUGAAAUAAAUAAAAAAAAUUCAGUCUCUCGUCCG